GUCACGGGGUCAGUACUGAGAGACCACCAAUCCUUACCAAACACCUUCUUCACUGUCCAGUGGUAGUGAUCCCACAGCACAGGAAGAAGGCUGUUCAGCCCGUCAUACCCCUGCUGGCCAAAAACGAGGAGCUAACCGUUUGAAUCCUGGUCAGUCUAGCUGGGUCAGGUGGAGCCUCUCCAACAGUUCGGGCAGAAUGUGAACAGGAGAGUGCAGCCUGUUUGUUCAAGAGAGCCCAUCACCCAAGCUGCCCCCUCUCUCUCUCUCUCUCGUUGCUGCAGGUGCUGGUGGUGGGCAGCUCAGCAAACACCAACUGCCUCAUCGCCAUGACAUCGGCACCCUCCAUCCCACCGGAGAACUUCUCCUGCCUGACGCGGCUGGGUCAGAACCGAGCUCAGGCCCGGCUGGCCCUUACCCUGGGGACGGGCGCAGGAACCGUGCGCAACGUGAUCGUCUGGGGCACACCUUCCGGCACGCAGCUCCCCGACAUCGAGCAUGCCUCGGUCACGGGUGACUCCCGCCCGGUUGGGCUGCAGCAGGCCCUGAGGGGCGCCGACAGGCCGGCGUUCCUGCAGCGAAAAGAAACCGUGGUACGGACAGGCUGUACUAUGUCGGUCGUCUGUGCCAUCUGUGACCACCUGCGGGCGCUGUGGUCUGGGACACCCGAGGGUGAGCUGGUGUCAAUGGGAGUCAUCUCAAAUGGAAAUAGCUACGGAGUUCCUGAGCAGCUUAUUUACUCUUUUCCAGUAACUGUAAAGGAUGGAAGAUGGCAGAUCGUUGCUGGCCUGAGGGUUUCCGAGGUCUGCCGACUGAGGAUGGCCCAGUCAGCUCAGGAGCUGCUGGAGGAGCGGAAGAGUGCCCUGAGAGCGCUGGCAUGGAGUAACCUCUGAGAGCUUCGUCUGAGACCCGUCACAUUGACCGGAGGAUUGAUACGCUGGUGGGAGACACUGCUAAUUCUGUUCACCAUCUCCCACUUGCUCUGCCCUCACCUCGUCCUGCUAGCUCGGCAAUGGCUUCUAUUCACUGGGAGGACAUGGCGGUCCCUGGGCAGUGAGCAUUUCUUGCCUAUUCCUGGUUGUCCUGGAGAAGGUGGUGGUGGAGAGCUGCCUUCUGGAACCGCUGCGAUCGACCCACAGUACAGAUUCUGACCCAGCCACAGGGACGUGAGACCUAAAACAGCCCCAGUAGGAAUCACCAUGAUGUUCAGUCCAAAGGCACUGUGUCUAACUGUGGAGCUGCAGGCUCAUGUUCCUCAGAACAAGCGUCAGGAGCUGCCUGGCACAAGUGACAGUGUUUGGAUGCACAACAGACAGACAAUUAGGAUCACUUCAGACUCUGGUGAGAUGCAGAUGCAUUCCUCCUCCUUUAAACCCCCCCCACAAUCUCUCACUCUCUCUCUCUUUCACACACACACACACACACACACACACACACAC